UCCUUCAGCAACCGACAACUCCUCUCCUCUCGCACUGCCACCGCAUCAAGCGUCGGCUACAACACAGAUACGUCAACGUUGCUUCCCCUCACAAGUCUUCAGCUCUCGUAACAACCAGUCAUGGUACGUCUCCCAUGUCCAAUGGCCGCAAAUCUAACGCGUAGUGGACAUAUCUUCCAAGGCCUACUCUAACCGACAUGCAGGUCGUCGACAACCCACCUUACGGCUGGACUGUCGAUAAAGAGGAGAUGGACCUCGAUUACUACUGGUCAGCUGAAGGCCUCGGUACUGAGGCCGCCAUGAACGCCGGCUUAACCGAGUUUUCGAAGCUGCAGCCACAAAUGAUCAGGAGCAGCGAAUCUGGAGGGGGCGCCUACCUGUUCACAUACGAUGGCAAGGUAUACCUUUGGAACAUGUUACAAGAUGACGUGUAUCAGUAUACCGACCCCUCAGAUCUUGAUGGAGUACUACGAGAGAUGGGGAAGCAAUCCGGGAAAGUGACAAGGAAGCUUGUCCUUGUCGAACAGGCCGAGUAGAGAGGGGACGACGAAGGAUGAGCCUCUAAUUGGGAGAAUUUGCCAGUUGUGGCUUGCAUAGAGAAGCUGAUCGUUCAAUCUAUUGAUUAUGAGCAGAAUGGGGCUUGCGUAAAGAAGUUGCUGGUGAAUUGUGAUGAAACUUGGUAGUAGUGAGCUGGCUGCGACGCAGUAGCUGAAUAUGCAAUGUGACGCUGCAAUCUUGCAAUGGCUUGCGUAAGGACAUAAGCUGAGGGCUCAAUGAGGUGAAGAUGAACUGACUGUGGCUUGCGUAGUAAUUCUG